AUGUUUCGUCAAAUAUCUAGGCUGUUGUUCACCUCGUCUCCCGUGCGAUCCAUCCCCAAAAAGACUCAACUACCCCCCAGACCCAAGUGGUUGAUAAAAGAAGAGGAGUUGGAGGAAACUUUUUUGCACGGAGGCAGAGGGCCAGGAGGCCAAAAGAUUAACAAGACCAACUCAAAGGUACAACUAAAGCAUAUCCCGACUGGUCUUGUCGUCACUUGUCAAGCAUCACGCUCGCAAGAGGAAAAUCGAAAGAAGGCGAGAGAGAUCUUGGCGCUAAAGUUGGAAGAUUUAAACAACCCCGAAAGCAGUCGAAACGCGGUUUUAAAAGAUAGAGCUCAAAAGGUGAAACAAUCCAAGUCAAAGAAAGCCAAUAGAAAGUAUAAGGAAAUUGAUGCUGAAAGACAGAGGCAGAAAUUGGAAAGGAUGGAAAAAGAAAAAGAGUUGCUUGAGAAUUUCAAACCUAUUGAAGAUGAGUUGGCUUUUCUAAAAAACGCAAAGAUUGACUUGUAG